CUCUGCGGUGGUUGGUCCAAAUAACUGUCAGUCACUUUCAGGCUGCUGGCCAUCCCGCACGGCCGUCCGAGUAGUUGCUGCGCCACCGCCACCGGGAAGACGUUGGAACCGCUUAGACUUGGCAGUCGCCACCAUGCCCAAGAAUAAAGGUAAAGGAGGUAAAAACAGGCGUAGGGGUAAGAAUGAGAAUGAAUCUGAAAAAAGAGAAUUGGUGUUUAAAGAGGAUGGACAAGAGUAUGCUCAGGUAAUUAAAAUGUUGGGAAAUGGACGAUUAGAAGCUAUGUGUUUUGAUGGUGUGAAGAGAUUAUGUCAUAUCAGAGGAAAACUGAGAAAAAAGGUUUGGAUAAAUACCUCAGACAUUAUAUUGGUGGGUCUUCGAGACUAUCAGGAUAACAAAGCUGAUGUAAUUUUAAAAUACAAUGCAGAUGAAGCUAGAAGUCUGAAGGCAUAUGGCGAGCUUCCAGAACAUGCUAAAAUCAAUGAAACAGAUACGUUUGGUCCUGGAGAUGAUGAUGAAAUCCAGUUUGAUGAUAUUGGAGAUGACGAUGAAGACAUUGAUGAUCCCGAAGCCCAAAGAAGCACUUGAAGCAUUGGACGCGCUACAAACCAAUGACUCUCUUUACUAAAUGAAAAGGAACAGAAGAUGAGAGAAGAGUAAGCUUGCAAAAUGAAAUAAGAGACGGGCAUGGUCUAGUUCAAGGUAGGUGAGUAAAGUCCCUUAUUUCAGUAAGAGUGCUUAGAGAUUUCAGGUUGAAAAUAAAAUCAGUUACUUUGAACAUAAUUUAAAACCAUAGAGCAGCAAAUUAGGAGCAGCUCCAACACUGCUUUUCAGCUGUUUCUACUUCUCCCAUUCUCUGCCUAAACCCAAAUAUUUUGUAAUAACGACAUCUGCCAUAAAUCUGGGUGACUUCCAGGUUUGCUUUUCUGGAGACUUGAGGCUAGAGCUUAUUUUGAAAUUGAGAAAAGAAGAAAUGGUAGUGAGCACUGGGGUUGGAAAUGGUUAAACAACACUGGAGUUAACAGUUAGUAGAAGGAUGAACUGUAUAAUUUUUAAAGCUAAAUCUCAACUAGAGUAGCACAAAUGACCUGUAUUUUGUUAUUCAGAUGUUCUGGGGGCACAGACUAUGUGAAAAUAAACAAGUGUACUUAUCAUACCUAACUCCUGCUCUGUGACUGUUUUCUUUAGCUUUACACUUUAUUAUUAUUUUUUAAUGUUUAUUUAUUUAUUUUGAAAGAGAGAGAGAGAGAGAGAGGAAGAGCACAUGUCGGGGAGGGGCAGAGAGAGAGGGGUGAAAGAAAUCCCAAGCAGGCUAUGAAUGAAGUCAUAUGAUAUUUGUCUUUCUCUGACAGACUAAUUUCACUUAGCAUAAUACCCUCUAGUUCCAUCCAUGUAGUUGCAAACGGCAAGAUUUCAUUCUUUUCCAUUGCCGAGUAAUACUCCAUUGAAUAUAUAUACCACAUCUUCUGUAUCCAUUCAUCCGUCAAUGGACAUUUAUGCUCUUUCCACACUUUGGCUAUUGUUGACAGCACUGCUAUGAACAUUGGGGUGCAUGUGCCCCUUUGAACCAGCACACCUGUAUCCCUUGGAUAAAUACCUAGUAGUGCACUGGUGCUGGGUCAUAGGGUGGUUCUAUUUUUAAUUUUUUCCAGACUGGCUGCACGAGUUUGCAUUACUAUCAGCAGUACAAAAGAGAUCCUCUUUCUCCACAUCCUCGCCAUCAUCUAUUGUUGCCUAAGUUGUUAAUGUUAGCCAUUCUGACAGGUGUGACAUGGUAUCUCAUUGUGGUUUUGAUUUGUAUUUCCCUGAUGAUGAGUGAUGUUGAGUAUUUUUUCAACCACAAUCGGUUGUCUUCUUUGGAGAAGGGUGUAUUCACGUCUUUUGCUCAUUUCUUCACUGGAUAAUUUGUUGUUUGGAUGUUGAGUUUGAUAAGUUCUUUAUAGAUUUUGGGUACUAACCCUUUAUCCCAUAUGUCAUGUGCCAAAUAUCUUCUCCCAUUCCAUCAGUUACCUUUUAGUGUUUUUUUUUUUAUUGUUUCUUUUGCUGUGCAGAAGCUUUUUAUUUUGAUGAGGUCCCAUUAGUUCAUUUUUGCCUUUGUUUCCCUUGCCUUUGGAGAGGUGUUGAGUAAGAAGUUGCUGCAGCCAAGGUCAAAGAGGUUUUUACCUACUUUCUCCUUGAGGAUUUUGAUGGCUUCCUGUCUUACAUCUAUUUUGGUCUUUCAUCUAUUUUGAUUUUAUCUUUAUGUAUGGUGUCAGAAAGUGGUCCAGGCUCAUUUUUCUGCAUGUCACUCUCCAGUUUUCCCAGCACCACUUGGUGAAGAGAGUGUCUUUAUUCCAUUGGAUUUCUCUCCUUCUUUGUCCAAGAUUAGUUGGCCAUAAGAUUGGGUCCACUUCUGAGGUCUGUAUUCUGUUCCAUUGUUCUCUGCUCAGUUUUUGUGCCAAUAUCAUACAAUCUUGAUGAUUACAUUUUGUAAUGCUCUUGAAGCCUGGGAUUGUGAUGCCUUCAGCUUUGGUUUUCUUUUUCAAUAUUCUUUGGAUAUUUGGGGCCUUUUCUGCUUCCAUACAAAUUUUAGGAUUGUUUAUUGUAGUUCUAUGAAGAACGCUGGUGCUAUUUUGAUAGGGAUUGCAUUGAAUUAUAGAUUGCUUUGGGUUUUAUUGACAUUUUAACAAUAUUUGUUCUUCCUAUCCAGGAGCAUGGAAUAUUUUUCCAUAUUUUUUUGUGUGUGUUUUUCAAUUUCUUUCAUGAGCUUUCUAUAGUUUUCAGCGUAUAGACUUUUCACCUCUUUGGUUAGAUUUAUUCCUAGGUAUUCGGUUUCUGGUGCAAUUAUAAAUGGUACCGAUUCCUUGAUUUCUCUUUGUGUUCCUUCAUUGUUGGUGUAUACGAAUGCAACCAAUUUCUGUGCAUUGAUUUUAUAUCCUGUGCAUUGAUUUUAUAUCCUGUGACUUUGCUGAAUUCAUGGAUAGUACUAGAAGUUUUUUGGUGGGAUCUUUUGGGUUUUCCUUAUAAGGUAUCAUGUCAUGUGCAAAGAGUGAAAGUUUAACUUCCUCCUGGCCAGUUUGGAUGCUUUUAUUCCUUUUGUGUUGUCUGAUUGCUGAGGCUAUGACUUUCAAUUCUAUUUUGAAUAACAGUGGAGAGAAUGGACAUCCCUGUUUUGUUCCUGACCUUAGGGGGAAAGCCCAUCCAUUGAGGAUGAUAUUAGCAGUGGAUCUUUCAUAUAUGCUUUUAUCUUGAGGUAAAAGAUCAGAUCUUGAGGUCUGAUCAUUCUAUACCUACUUUAUUGAGGGUUCUUAUCAAGAAAGGAUGCUGUACUUUGUCAAAUGCUUUCUCUGCAUCUGUGGAGAGCAUCAUGUGGUUCUUGUCCUUUCUUUUAUUGAUGCGAUGAAUCACAUUGAUUGUUUUGCAGAUGUUGAACCAGCCCUGCAUUCCAGGUUUAAAUCCCACUUGGUUGUGGUGAAUAAUUCUUCUAAUGUACUGUUGGAUCCAGUUGGCUAAAUCUUGUUGAGGAUUUCUGCAUCCAUGGUCAUCAGGGAAAUUGGUCUGUUGUUCUCCUCUAUAGUGAGGUCUUUGUCUGGUUUUGGAAUCAAGGCAAUACUGGCUCCAUAGUAUGAAUUUGGAAGUUUUCCCUCCAUUUCUAUUUUCUGGAACAGCUUCAAAAGAAUAGGUGUUAAUUCUUCCUUAAUGUUUGGUAGAAUUCCCCUGAAAGCCAUCUGGCCCUCGACUCUUGUGUUUUGUGGCAUUUUUAAUUACUAACUCAAUUUCUUUAGUGGUUAUGGGUCUGUUCAAAUUUUCUAUUUCUUCCUGUUUCAAUUUUGGUAGGUUAUACAUUUCUAGGAAUUUGUCCAUUGUUUUGAGAUUGCCCAUUUUAUUCGCAUAUAAUUGCUCAUAAUAUUCUCUUAUUAUUGUUUGUAUUUCUGCUGUGUUGGUUGUGAUCUCUCCUCUUUCAUUCUUGAUUUUAUUUGGGUCCCUUCCUUUUUCUUUUUGAUCAAACUGGUUAGGUGUUUAUCAAUUUUGUUAAUUCUUUCAAAGAACCAGUUUCUGGUUUCACUGAUCUAUUCUACUGUUCUUUCAGUUUCCAUAGCAUUGAUGUCUGCUCUAAUCUUUCUUAUUUUCUGUCUUCUGCUUGUGUGGGGGAUUUAGUUGCUGUUCUUCUUCCAACUCCAUAAGGUGUAAGGUUACAUUUUGUAUCCGAGACCUUUCUUCUUUAUGAAGGCCUGGAUUGCUGUAUACUUCCCUCUUAUGACUGCCUUUGCUAUGUCCAGAGGUUAGGGGCUGUGAUGUUAUCAUUUUUAUUGGCUUCCGUGUACUUUUUAAUUUCCUCUUUAACUUCUUGAUUACCCAUUCAUCCUUUAGUAGGAUGUUCUUUAGUCUCCAAGUAUUUGUUGUCUUUCCAUAUUUUUUCUUAUCGUUGAUUUCAAGUGUCAUGGUGUUGUGGUCUGAAAAUAUACACGGCAUGAUCUUGAUCUUUUUGUACUUCUUGAGGGCUGAUUUGUGUCCCAGUAUGUGGUCUGUUCUGGAGAAUGUUCCAUGUCCAUGGAGGAGAAUGUGUAUUCCGUUGCUUUAGGAUGAAAUGUUCUGCAUAUAUCUGUUAAGUGUUUCUGGUCCAAUGUGUCAUUCAAAGCCAGUUUCCUUACGGAUUUUCUGUUUAGAUGAUCUCUCCAUUGCUGUAAGAGGGUGUUGAAGUCCCCUACUAUUAUGGUAUACUAUCAAUGAGUGUCUUUAUGUUUUUGUUUAAUUGAUUAAUUGAUAUGUAGGUUCUUCCACAUUUGGAGCAUAACUGUUUACAAUUGUUAGGUCUUCUUGGUGGAUAGACCCCCUAAUUAUGAUAUGAUGCCCUUCUUCAUCUCUUGUUAUAGUCUUUAUUUCAAAGUCUAGAUUGUCUGAUAUAAGUAUGGCUACUCCAGCUUUCUUUUGUCAAACAUUAGCAUGAUAGAUGAGUCUCCAUCCCCUCAUUUUCAAUCUGAAGGUGUCUUUAGGUCUAAAGUGGGUCUCUUGUAAACAGCAUAGAUGGAUCUUCUUUUCUUACCCAUUCUUUUCUUACCCAUUGUCUUUCGAUUGGAGCAUUUAGUCCAUUGACAUUUUGAGUGAGUACUGAAAGAUAUGAAUUUAUUGCCAUUGUGUUGCUUGUAGAGUUGGCAUUUCUGGUGGUGUUCUCUGUUCCUUUGUAGUCUUUGCUGCUUUCGGUCUUUUUUUUCCUUUUUUCCAUCUUUUCACUCCUUAGAAAGACCCCUUAAAAUUUCUUGCACUGCUGGUUUAGUGGUCACAAAAUCCUUUAAUUUUUGUGUGUCUGGGAAACUUUUUAUUGCUCUUCUAUUUUGAACGACAGCCUUGCUGGAUAAAGAAUUUUUGGCUGCAUAUUUUUCUGGUUCAGCACAUUGAAUAUAUCCUGACUCUCCUUUCUGGCCUGCCAAAUUUCUGUGGAUAGGUCUGCUGUGAACUUGGUCUGACUUCCCUUGUAUGUCAAGGACUUUUAUUCCCCUUUACUGCUUUCAUGGUUGUUUCCUUGCCAGAGUAUUUUGUGAAUUUGGUUAUGUUAGGCUUUGUUGAUGGUCAGUUUUUGUUGAAUCUAAUGGGAGUUCUCUGUGCUUCCUGAAUUUUGAUGUCUGUGUCUUUCCCCAGGUUAAGGACGUUUUCCACUAUGACUUGCUCACAUAAACCUUCUACCCCCUUUUCUCUCUUCAUCUUCUGGGAAUCCUAUGACUCUUAUGUUCUUCCUUUUUAAUGAGUCACUGAGUUCUCUUAUUCUUAUAUCAUGCUCUUUUGCCUUAGUCUCCCUCUUUUUUUCUGCUUCAUUGUUCUCCAUAAAUUUCUUCUCUGUAUAGCUGACUCGCUGCUCUGCUUUAUUCAUCUUUGCCACUGUGGCAUCGAUUCAAGACUGCAGCUCAGUUAGAGCAUUUUUUUUUAUUUCAUCCUGAUUAGCUUUUACUUCUUUUAUCUCCACAGAAAGGAAUUCUAAUCUAUUCAACCCCCACUAGUAUUCUUUUUAUUAUGAUUCUAAAUUCUGUUCAGUCAUCUUGCUUGUAUGUAUGUUGCUGAAAUCACUGGCUGUCAUUUUUUUCCUGUUCUUUCUUUGGGGUGAAUUUCUCUCUUUUGUCUUUUUGAAGGAAGAAAAGGAAUUAAUAAAGUUCCAAAAAUAAAAAUUAACCAAUUUUUUAAAAACCUAAAAAAUCAAAUAACGGAUACCAGAUCCUACGUGUGUUUUGGUCUGUUUGUUGAAAGACACUUGAGAGAUUAAAAAGGGAAGAUAAGAAAAGAAAAAAAGGCGGGAGGGGCGGGGGGAAGGAGACGUUUGAAAAAUUUUUAAAUGCAUAGAAUAAACUAGAUUAAAUGAAAUGAUUGAAGUAAAAUGCAAUAUAAAAAAUUCACAAAAAAGUAAAAAUGUAGCAGAAAAAAUUAAAGAAAAAUCAUUUUAAUAAAAACGGAAUAUAAAAAUAAUUUUUUUCUCUUUCUGUAUUCAAGAAUAAAAAAAGAAAAGGAAAAGGAAAAAAAAUGAUUAGGUGGACCAGUGAACAGAAUCAAAUAUGAUUGGAAUUACAUUCGGUUUCCCCUAGAAGUCAAACCAUGAACCACUUUAUAGUCUGUAAACUAAGCAGGCGAGAGACUGGUGGUGUUCCUCAAGAGCUUGGUUGGUGUGGUUGGGCAGGGCUUAGUGUGACGGUUUGUUCUCCACUAGACGGUGCUGCUUAGCUUACUGGGGUGGAUUGUUGUGGCAUGUAUAGGCAUGUAUGCACAAUGUGUGGGAGGAGUGAAAAUGGCCUCACCCAGCUACCCAGUCUCUAGUAUCAGAACUCUGUGCUCUCCCCAACUGGCAAUCAUGCACCCCUCCUUUGUCUCCAGUUUCCAUCCAUUCCCCACUUCUACACUUUCCAUGACCACGCGGUCAUGCUGUCAAGCAGCACCUCCCUCCUGAGUUGUACCUCAGAUGGGGAUGUUUCCCCAUUCUCACUUCUGAGGGCCUGUGGCUUUGACCUGUUUGGACUCUCUGUGGAGGGUCUCGCUGAGCAAUGGUGGGCGCCCCUCUGCCCCCAGGAAUGUUUGGGAGACUGUGCUGCUGCUGAUGCCCAGAUACUGCAGCUGGGCACCAGCCCGUCCCAGAAGAAGUUCUGUGAUCAUUGUAGCAGCAGCAGCAUUUCAGGGAUUGUGGCAGAUCAUAGCACACAUCUGGCACCAGGAUUCACCCUUAAAGUCCUUGCUCCAGUACCAGUGAAUGUGGCCAUUCUCUGAGAUCCACUGGGACCUUUACCUGUGGGGAGGCCUCUAUGAAAUGUCUUCCCAACAGGGAAAUGCCUUUCCCCCUGUGGCCUCUCAGGGCUCCACUCUCUGCUCCCAGGGAUUCGCCUUUCCCACCAGAGCUCCGUCAGGUAUUGAGCUGUGGAGGUUCAGACUCUGUGCUCCCCCUGUUUACAGAGUCCUAGUGGAAAUUAAACCCUCUCCUUUCUCUUUUCUCCCUUUUUUGUUCAGUCCCUGUGGCUGUGUCCACUCUUCCUUUUUUUUUUUUUGUCCUGCUGCUUUUGGAGGGCGGUACUUUUACCAUACUCCCCCGUCCCCCAUCUCCACCCUCUCUCCUCAAGCAAAAUCAGCUCCCUGCACUCCGAGGCUUCUCUCCCUCCCAGUUCACCUCUCCAUGCCACGUACCUGCUGAGUUUUGUGGUUCAGGUUGUGCAGAUUGAUGUGUUAAUCCUCAAGUCAGUUUUCUAGAUGUGCAGGAUGGUUUAGUGUUGAUCUGACUGCAUUUUGGGUACGAGAGAAGCAAAAAAACUUCCAUGCUGUCCCACCACCUUGGUCUUUCCCCCAGUCUUCGUUUUAAGGUCAGUUUUGUUUGAUAUAAUUAUUGCUAUCCAAGCUUUCUCUUGACAUCUGUCUAUAUGAUAAAUAUUUCUCCACCCCUCACUCUCAGUCUGCAGAUGUCUUUACGUCUGAAGUAUGUCUCUAGUAGGCAACAGGUAGGUUAGUCUUAUUAUUUUUUAAUACAUUUUGUCAUGUUGUAUCUUUUGAUUGUAGUAUUUAGUCAAUUUACACUCAAGGAAAUCAUUGAGAGAUAUUUAAUUAUUGCUGUUUUGUUAUUUGUUUUGUUUGUUUUUUUGGAUCUGUUUCUUUCCUUGCAGUCUUCUCUAGUGAUGUUUGUUUUCUGUAAUGAUAUGCUUGGAUUCUUUACUCUUUU